GUUCAUACUUACAACAACAUGACAGUGUUUCCUGAGGAAGUGUGGGAUUCGAUGGACGCACGCGAAAUUCGAGGCACAGAUGGUCAGCUUUUCCCACCUCUUCUUCAAGAGGGUAGACAAAUAGAAGUUUUUGCUGGUCCAAUCUGCAGGACAGUAACAAUGCAAUUCCGUGAACGCUCUGAUUUUCGCGACAUAGCUGCUUUCCGUUACGGUUUUCCUUCGGAUAUUUACGACCCAAAUGUGCCUGAGAACCGCGGAUACUGUAAUAAAAAGAACACACCUGCAUACUUCAAUACCACUGUGCAAAUUCCUGGCUGUCUACCGAAAGGGUUGCUCGACAUUAGUCGUUGCCUACCAGGAUCGCCACGUGUUUACAUCUCGCAGCCUCAUUUCUUCAACGCUCAUCGCGCAGUUAUCUCCUCUGUUGACGGCAUGCGGGCACCAAGCAAGAAAGACGACGAUACUUUUGUAAAAGUAGAGCCAACCAGUGGUGUCCCAAUCCACGCGAAUAAACUCACGCAAAUCAACAUCGGAAUGACGAAAGGGGAACUUUAG